AUGUUCGCUCUGCCACAGGACUCGGCCCGUGUUUGCUCCAACGCGGGACCUGGCCCGUGUUCACUCUGCCACAGGACUCAGCCCAUGUUCACUCUGCCACAGGACUCAGCCCAUGUUCACUCGGCCACAGGACCCGGCCUGUGUUUGUUCCACCGCUGGACUUGGCCCGUGUUCACUCUGCCACAGGACUCAGCCCGUGUUCACUCUGUCACAGGACUCAGUCCAUGUUCACUCUGCCACAGGACCCGGCCCAUGUUCACUCUGCCACAGGACCUGCCCCAUGUUCGCUCUGCCACAGGACCCGGCCCAUGUUUGCUCUGCCACGGGACUCAGCCUGUGCCUGCCCUGCCACAGGACCCGGCCCAUGUUUGCUCUGCCACAGGGCUUGGCCAAUGUUCACUCUGCCACGGGACUCGGCCAAUGUUCGCUCUGCCACAGGACCUGACCCAUGUUCACUCUGCCACAGGACCCGGCCCAUGUUUGCUCUGCCACGGGACUCAGCCUGUGCCUGCCCUGCCACAGGACCUGGCCCAUGUUCGCUCUGCCACAGGACUUGGCCUAUGUUCGCUCUGCCAUGGGACUCGGCCAAUGUUCGCUCUGCCACAGGACUUGGCCCAUGUUCGCUCUGCCACAGGACUCAGCCUGUGCCUGCCCUGCUACAGGACCCGGCCCAUGUUCACUCUGCCACAGGACCUGGCCCAUGUUCGCUCUGCCACAGGACUCAGCCUGUGCCUGCCCUGCCACAGGACUCGGCCCAUGUUCGCUCUGUCACAGGACUCGACCCAUGUUUGCUCUGCCACAGGACUUGGCCCAUGUUCGCUCUGCCACAGGACUUGGCCCAUGUCCGCUCUGCCACAGGACUCAGCCCAUGUUCGCUCUGCCACAGGACUCCGCCUGUGCCUGCCCUGCAACAGGACUCUGCCCAUGUUCGCUCUGCCACAGGACUCGGCCAAAGUUCGCUCUGCCACAUGA